UGAGGUUUAUAAAUAAAGACGAUUCGAAAUACACGCAGGCCUAGUCAAAUGCAGAAGAGGAAAAAGCGAAGAAAAGAUGCAAUGGGCUCGAAUUUAACGAAUGAUUUGUGUAGAGUAUGUGAUGGCAGGAUAGAAUGUGCACCUACUGCGAUACUUCUCAUUUCGCUGGUGCAUACGUUGUAUGGGUAUAUAGGCCCGAAACCUGAUUACUUUGGAAAAAACAGAGCUAACCUGACUCGAAAAGAAAAAGCACAAGAGAAGUACCCGCAGUCAAGAUACGAGGAACCUUACAGCACAGAAUACGACUUCGUAGUAGUGGGCGGGGGGACGGCAGGCUGCGUCCUGGCUAGCAGGCUCUCGGAGAAUAAAAAAUGGAAGGUGUUACUUCUUGAAGCGGGCCCAGAAGAGCCCAAGAUGGCGCUGAUCCCCGGCCUGACUAGCGAGUUCCGCGGCUCAAACUUGGACUGGAAUUACAGCAUGAGGCCUAAGAAGGGGUUCUGCCGCAACCGCGGCGGCAAAGGCUGCGAGAUCGUCCAAGGCCGCGUGCUGGGCGGUACGUCCACCAUCAACGACAUGGCCUACAUGCGCGGCAGCCCCGCCGACUACGACGAGUGGGCUGUCAUCGGCAACCACGGCUGGGACUUCUCUCACGUCCUCCCCUACUUCAGAUACUCCGAGGGAAAUUAUGACAAAGACAUCUCUAAGAAUAAACUCUUCCAUUCCACUCAAGGACCUCUAGAUGUCGGAAGAUACCCAUAUGCUGAUUAUAAUGUCGAUGUUUUGUUAAGCGCGCUUAAUGAACUAGGUUAUAAUUAUACUGAUAUCAAUGGAAAAGAGCAGUUAGGCUUCAUGAGAAUACAAACCAUGUCGUAUUUCGGAGAAAGAGUCAGCGCGUACACAGCUUUCAUUGAAGCUAUCAGAAGUCAGAGAACGAAUUUAGAUAUAGUUACGGAGGCGCUUGUAACUAAAGUCAAUUUUGCUGAUGGGAGCGAAAAUAUUAAAGCUACGGGAGUGGAUUACAUUGUAAAUGGUACAAAAGUUAAAGUAAGCGUCACUAAAGAAGUUAUAUUAAGCGCCGGGGCCAUAAAUUCCCCGAAAUUGUUAAUGGCUUCUGGAGUAGGCCCUAAAGAGUACUUAGAAUUUUUAUCGAUAAAUGUUUAUAACGAUUUAGCUGUAGGUUCUAAUUUUCAUGAUCAUUUAUCAGUAUGUCUACCUGUUAUAAAGUUGGGGAAGACGGCAACGACUAAAAAGUUUCCAGAUAAAUUAAAAGACAUAUCAACGUAUUACAAGAAAAGUACCGGCCCUUUGUCAGCAAAUUUUCAAGUGGUGGCAUUUUUAGAGACAAAUGUAUCGGAUAUACUUAAUACUGCAGAUAUCGAAGUAAGAUUCCGAGGACAUAACUCCAAUAUGUACUAUACUCAUAUCGAUAUGUGCGUUUCUCUGUUAACGCCCAAAAGCCGUGGUCAGGUAAUUCUAAAUUCUAGUAAUCCAGUGUAUGGGAAUCCACUGAUAUACCCGAACUUUUUAAAAAAUCCUACAGAUGAGAGAAAAUUGCUGUACGGAAUACAAGAGGUAGUAAAGCUUUUUGACACUGAAGUAUUCAGAACGGCAGAGCUAGAGUUUGACCCACGGCCCAUAUUGAACAACGAAUGCCAAGAUUAUGAGAAGGUGUCUGAUGAAUUUUGGUUAUGUAUCAUUCGGCAUUUCUCGAGUCCUUUACAUAAUUAUGUCGGCACGUGUAAAAUGGGCACAGCGGCCGAUCAAACGGCAGUGGUCGAUCAAAAAUUAAAGGUUUAUGGCAUAAGUAACCUGCGAGUGGUCGACGCAUCUGUGAUUCCAAAAAUAACAAGAGGUUCCACUGCAGCUCCUGUUAUUAUGAUUGCGGAAAAAGCAAGUGAUUUAAUUAAAACAGAUUGGUAUUGAUUUAAUUGUUUUAUUUCUAACCUAUCGCUUGUUAAAUGAUUGACCUUUGUUUUCUUUCCAGUCUUUGAGUAGCAUCUUCGAAGCCUUUUCUGCGAUCAUCAUUGUCGGUGCAAAUAAACUACCACGAACGUGUGUUGGCAUGACAGAGG